CUGGAGCAGCAUGUUUGUAGGAGAGGACUAUGGCUGAGCAGGUAGAGUGCAGAACACGCCCGCUUACUGGCCGUGGCUGUCAGCUGCGGUACCUGACCGGUUUUAUCUGUCCAGCUCCUCACCGUCAUGAGGAAGAUGGAACUGUUGAACAGCGUCUCGCACAGGCAAGUUUAUUCAAGUCUCAGGGGAACACGUGCUACUCUGAACACCGCAUCCGUGAGGCUGUGGGUCUGUAUCACCGUGCCCUCCUCCAGCUUCGGAGCCUAGACCCUCAUUUACUUAAUCCUCUGCCUGGACUGGGCCCUCCUUCAGCUGAACUUACUCCUCAGCAGAUGGAGACGCUGAAAAAUCUUCAAGCAGACUGUUAUAAUAAUUUAGCAGCAUGUCUCCUGCAGAAUAAACCACCAAAAUAUGAACGUGUCUAUGAGUACAGUCUACAGACUCUAAAAAUACAGGCGGAUAAUGUGAAGGCGUUAUACCGUGCUGGUGUCUCCAGCUAUCACCUGAAAGACUAUACAACAGCCCACAGCUAUUUAACAAAGGCUGCUAACCAUCUACCCAAAGAUACAAACAUCAGACAUUAUCUACACCUGGCAGACUCCGCCAUCAGUGCUUCCCGGGCAAAGGAGAAACAGCGAUAUCAGGGCAUGUUUGACUAGUGCUUUGUAAAUUUAUGAAUGGUUUUUCUAACUAAAGUGAAAUAAAUGUAAAAAUGUUUCUUAAUGUUCUUCCAA